AUGGCGGAUCUAUCUCAGCUAGAGGAGCCUAUUCUGAAGCCGAACAACCAACGUUUUUGCAUGUUUCCAAUCAAAUACGACGACGUCUGGGAGUUCUAUAAGAAAGCGGAAGCUAGCUUCUGGACUGCCGAGGAAGUCGAUCUUUCACAAGACGUGCAGCAUUUCGAAUCCCUGAGCGACGACGAACGGUUCUUCAUCCUGCAAGUGCUCGCUUUCUUCGCAGCCUCUGACGGCAUCGUUCUCGAAAAUCUCGCUGUGCGAUUCAUGAAAGAGAUUCAAAUUCCUGAAGCAAGGGCGUUCUACGGAUUUCAGAUAGCCAUUGAGAACAUUCACUCAGAGAUGUACAGCUUGCUGUUGGAAACAUACAUAAAGGAUCCCGCGGAAAAAGACCGCCUUUUUAGAGCAGUCGAGACUGUUCCAUGUGUGAAGAAGAAGGCUGACUGGACCAUGCGGUAUAUUGAAGGCUCGCAGAGUUCCACUACGUUCGCCGAGCGCCUGGUGGCAUUUGCUUGUGUCGAAGGGAUAUUUUUUUCUGGAAGCUUCUGUGCUAUCUUCUGGCUUAAGAAGCGAGGGCUUAUGCCAGGGCUGACGUUCUCCAACGAGCUCAUCUCACGUGACGAGGGACUCCACACUGAUUUUGGCUGCCUGCUUUAUUCGCUGCUUCAUAACAAGCUAAGUGAGGAACGUGUGAAGGAGAUUCUCUGUGAAUCAGUCGAGAUUGAGGAGGAAUUUAUUCGUGAUUCUCUGCCGGUGGAUCUAGUGGGCAUGAACUCAGGGCUUAUGUGCCAGUACAUUGAGUUCGUUGCUGAUCGUCUACUGGUGGCGCUGGGGUGCAAGAAGCACUACAAUGUACAGAACCCUUUUGAUUGGAUGGAGCUCAUUUCGCUACAGUGA